AUGGACCUCGAACGCCACGACUUCAACUCCGUCCAGCCCAAACGCCGAAGAAGGAAUAUUGCGCGGAAACGACUACGUAAUAAAGCGCCUAUCUCUGCGCGUCUCUCACUAGACCAUCAUUUGCGAGGGAGCGUUGGUGUCGUCUCGGACGACCUGGCCAACGACCUCUUUCAGCCGUCCGAUCCGACCGAUGACUUCCACGACGACUCCGGUAUACGUUAUAUCGCAAUCUCUCCAUACUUGCCCGGUCCGAGUUCCGUCGAGGCCUUGACGUGGACUGUUGUCCCUGUUCGCCCGCAAUCCGCUGGUCGCUCGAAUGAGUCGCCGCUCCCGCAUUCAACAAUUAUAUUCCCCGACUCCGCCGACUCCUUGCAGCCAUUUGUCCGUGCCUUGAGCAAGCUAGAUCCUACCCGGCAAUCUCCGCAGACCUUACGUUUGAUCGAGAUCCGAGUCCUAGACGUGGUUCCUUUACCUCUUGAUACAAUAUACGUGACCGUGGAGCGGGAUCUUCUGCGCAAUCACGACGAUGUACAAAGCAGAUUUGGAGGCGGAUUUCCUUCCAAUGCCAACGGGUCUAAUGGGCUCUGGGCGAAGGGGAAAGGAGUGGAGCCCAAGAGGUACUCAAAAAGGGCCGCCGCGGAGGUUGAAGGGAGGCUUACAGCCGCUGUGCGCGAGGCUUUGGGGACGCAGCGGGUGGUGCACACCGGCGACUCACUCCCGCUUCCACUGCCGCCGCACCCUAUAACCUACGCACCAGCGCCCCCAGCCCUUAUUUCGUUUUGCGAGCCGGUCUCGCAAGGUCUUCUGCUUCCUACCACCAAGAUCGUACUUAUUCAGGCACGCCCCCAUGGCACCCGCGCCCAGCGGAACUUGCGGUCGGCAUCUGGCCUCCUCAAACAAGUGGCCGAGGACGAGGCGGACGACACCUCCAACGAGCAGUUCUAUUCGGCCGCGGAGGACAAGCCCGUUGACGACAGCACUGAGAUGGAGACCACAUCCAAUGCGGAAGAAUCGGAAACCGAAGGUUCCGGCGGAAAUAUGAGCGAUACGUCGGAUGACUCGCUCGAUGACAUGAUUUCGCUCAGUGCACCUGAGCUACCGCAGCCGGCCUCGGGUGUGAUGUCUACAAUCACUUCAGCUACGCCUCGCGGUCGACGCAUGGAUGGAGUUCAUACUCCCGGUUCGAUAGUGUCGAACCUCACGUCAUCCACCCUACGUCCCGGUCGGCAGAGCGGCGGCAAGGUUUUCAAAGCAGAGGGCUUGCUGCGUAGUGUCCCGAACGAACUUCUCUACCCCAAGCCAAGGGAUGAUGACGAUGCGGAGGCCGUUAUCUUUGUAGACAUCAGUACAUUGGCCAAGAUUGGCUGUUUUUCGGGAGACUGGGUUCGCAUUGAGGCUUCUGAGGAGCCCCAGGCCAACAUUUUCUCUUCCAUCAAGCUCGGCAGCUUUAAUGAACAGUACGAAGAUGGUGACUGGCGCGCAGUCAAGAUUUACGGCCUUCCUGGACUGCCAUCCGCUAAGCCUCGCUAUUCGAUCAAACAGUCUGGAGAUCGGCGCUUAAGCAUCUCCCAACGCCCUGGUGUGCGCAUGACACCUUCGGUCUUUGUGCCCCCCAUCCUUUUGAACAAUAUGGAUAAUCCCAAAUACCUCCGGAUCUCUCCAAUGAACCUUGGCGGCAUUGGCGCUCCCAAAUCUGGCGUCUUGCAUCAGAUGAAGACUGUCACUCGCAGCCCUCCCGUGGCGAAGGAAGUAACGUUGCUAAAAGUCAGCACGCCACUGUCGAUGGACCGUGUGCUGCAGCCAGCCCUGUUUGCUGGGCUGAAACAGUACUUUGAAUCGAAGCGGCGACUUUUGAAAAGUGGAGAUUUACUCGGCAUAAGCAUCGAUGAAACCCUUGGUCGAGCUGUUUUCGCGGGGACUGGUGCCGAAGGGCAGGACGAUGAUAUUACGAUCAGGCUAGGCCCCGGACAUGACUCGGAUAGGACUGGGCCGAAGAAGAUCGGUGUUGCUUGGUUCCGAGUUGGUCAGGUCAUUCCAAGCCUGUCCGAUGAUCAGGAUGACCUUGGCGAGUUUGACUGGGGAGGCGUUGCUGUUAUAGAUUCGGCAUCUACGCGAAUGGUCCAAGCUGGCAGCGAUGUCAGUCGCAUCCCUAACACGCUUAACAACGGCUGGGAAUACUGGCUUGGAACGAAGUCUAUCCCAAAGCCCGUAGUCGACGCGCAAACAAUACACGGUGUCGUGACCGAGCUGCCGCAGCCGUUCGUUUCUCCAGUCCAGCACCGUGUCCGGGACCUCAUGGCCGUGGCCACAAGCUCCCGUGCGAUUCAGCUCGGGAUGAAGCCGGUGGUCAUUCUUCUAAGAUCGCAACAACGACACAUUGGAAAAGCUACUUUGGCGACUCGGGCGUGUGCAGAUAUCGGUCUGCAUACCUUCCCAAUAGACGCCUACGAUAUCCUUACUGAAGGUGGUGCAAAUGGUGGCGACGUCAAAACCGAGGCUUAUUUGAAGGCUAGAGCGGAGCGUGCAUUCCAUUGCGGUGCUGACUGCACGGCUCUUUUGAUCAAGCAUAUCGAGGUCUUGACUGCAGACCGGAUUGUAUCGGCUAUGACCGAGAUUUUGGCGGAUGCUAGGGUCAUUAUCGCCACGACCACAGAUGUUGAGCAGAUUCCAGAAGGCAUUCGAAGCAUGUUUACGCAUGAGUUCGAGAUCACCGCCCCUGAAGAGAAGGAGCGAGAGGGGAUACUGCGAAACGCCGUCUCCGAGCGCAGCAUCAAGUUGGCACCUGAUGUUGACCUAGGCACGGUUGCUCUCAAAACGGCCGCUCUUGUUGCUGGAGAUCUAGUGGACGUCGUCGAGCGGGCUUCCGUUGCGCGGUCAAGUCGGCUGGAAAAACUGGCUGAUAUUGCCAACAAACAAUUUUCCACCACCAAGAUCUCUGUCCGCGAUGUUCUCCUUGCUGGGGGAGAGGCCGUGCGAGGUGUCACCAAGGCAGACUUUGAUACCGCUGUAGACGCAGCCAGGAAGAACUUCGCCGACUCCAUCGGCGCUCCCAAGAUCCCCAACGUCAGCUGGGACGAUGUUGGUGGUUUGACAAACGUCAAGGAUGCUUUGGUCGAAACCAUUCAGCUGCCUCUGGAACGGCCAGAGCUCUUUGCCAAGGGCAUGAAGAAGCGAAGUGGUAUCUUGUUCUAUGGUCCUCCCGGUACUGGAAAGACUCUCCUCGCCAAGGCCAUUGCUACGGAAUUCUCCCUAAACUUCUUCUCUGUCAAAGGACCUGAACUGCUCAACAUGUACAUUGGUGAGUCCGAGGCGAACGUCCGUCGCGUUUUCCAGCGAGCACGCGAUGCUCGACCCUGUGUCGUCUUCUUCGACGAACUGGACUCCGUCGCUCCCAAGCGAGGUAACCAAGGCGACAGCGGCGGUGUAAUGGACCGAAUCGUCAGUCAGCUUCUAGCUGAGCUUGACGGCAUGAAUGGAGGAGAGGAGAACAGUGGUGGCGUGUUUGUGAUUGGUGCCACCAACCGACCUGAUCUCCUAGACACGGCCCUUCUCCGUCCGGGCCGUUUCGACAAGAUGCUCUACCUCGGCGUUUCUGACACGCAUGAAAAACAAGCGACCAUCCUGGAAGCCUUGACGAGAAAGUUCGCUCUCGCUCCGGAUCUCUCGCUGUCUCGAGUCUCCGAGCGGCUGCCUCUUACAUAUACCGGUGCCGAUCUCUAUGCCCUGUGCUCCGACGCCAUGCUCAAGGCAAUCACACGCAAGGCUACAGCAGUAGACGAAAAGAUCAAGCAACUCCCUGGCGGCCCCGUCAGCACCGCCUACUUCUUCGAUCACCUUUCCACUCCCGAUGACGUUGCCGUGAUGGUCACCGAGGAGGACUUUGACGCCGCGCAGGGCGAGCUCGUUCCUAGCGUUAGCGCCAAAGAACUAGAGCACUUCGAACGCAUCCGCCAAAUGUUCGAGUCCACCGACAAAGACAAGCAAAAACCGGAGUCAACGCCAACACCAAACACCAUCGGCGACGCAAUCGAGGCUCUCAAGCUCGGUCACGACGUUAACGACUACAUUGGCGGCCCCGUCACAAAUGGCGCUGAUGAUGAGGACCCCGGCAAGGGGAAGGGUAAACAGGCGGCAUACGCCAGUAUGCGCAGUGCCAGCGGCCAGUCCGUCGGCAGUAGUAAGGGCAAGGGUAAAGCCACCGCCUGGAAGAGCAGGUCCGCCGUUGCAAAUGGCAAUGCCGACUCGGACUCGUCCCUUGAUGGGUCUUUGGUGAGUCCGGGGGCUGCGACCGCCGUCAAUGGUGACGAGGAUGAUGAUGAUUACAUUGUAACAACGGACCGUCUGGCGAAGGCGGGUGGUGAAGAUGUUGAUUAG